UUGAAAAGUUUCUUACAACAUGGCUUUUUGGCUAAGUUUGAUCUUUUGCUUUUUCGCAUUUGCUUCCUCCACUCCACCCCCUGAUCCUGUCAAGUGUGAGUCUGGAAACACUAUAUGCACAGUAACGAACUCGUACGAAGCCUUUCCUGACCGUUCUAUAUGUGAAGCGGCAAAGGUGGCGUACCCAAGAACCGAGGCUGAACUGGUCUUUGUGGUGGCUGCAGCCACUAAAGCCGGCCAAAAAAUGCGGGUCGUGACUCGGUACUCUCACAGCAUCCCGAAGCUGGUUUGUACUGACGGCAAGGACGGGAUCCUCAUAAGCACGAAGUUUCUAAACAACGUGGUGCGAACCAACCCUGAUGCCAAGACUUUGACGGUUGAGAGCGGCGUGACGUUAAGGCAACUGAUCGAAGAAGCGGCUAAGUUGGAGCUAGCUUUGCCAUACGCACCGUAUUGGUGGGGACUUACAGUUGGAGGAAUGAUGGGGACCGGUGCUCACGGAAGUUCACUGUGGGGUAAAGGAAGUGCGGUUCAUGAUUACGUGACCGAGAUAAGAAUGGUGAGCCCCGGUUCCGUUUCUGAAGGGUAUGCAAAAGUUUGGGUUCUUAGUGAGGCUAUGAAUCCUGAAGAGUUUAACGCAGCCAAAGUUUCUUUAGGCGUUCUUGGAGUUAUCUCUCAGGUAACUUUCAAGUUGCAACCAAUGUUCAAGAGAUCGUUGACAUAUGUGAUGAUAGAUGACACUGAUUUUGGAGAGCAAGCCGUGACUUUUGGGGAAAAACAUGAGUUUUCGGAUUUCAUAUGGUUACCAAGCCAAGGCAAAGUGCUGUAUCGAAUUGAUGAUCGAGUUCCGGGCAACGUUUCAGGCAAUGGCUUGUUCAAUUUUUUCCCAUUCCGUUCACAAGUGUCUCUGGCCUUAGCCUUCACCAGAUCCUUAGAGGAGAGUGACGAGUCGUCGGGUGAGGCAAACAACAAGUGUGUGAGAGCAAAGAUAGUAACAUCUUUGUUGUUUAGAAUCUCAUACGGUUUAACCAACAAUGGCUUUCUAUUUACAGGCUAUCCGGUCAUCGGAAGCCAAGACCGUAUGAUGUCUUCCGGUGCGUGUCUAGAUAGUCAUCAGAACGGACUGAUUACGGCUUGUCCGUGGGAUCCACGAAUUAAAGGCGAGUUUUUUUACCAAACAGCAUUAAGUGUUCCUCUCACACAUGUCAAAGAUUUCAUCAACGACAUCAAAGCACUUGUGAAGAUUGAGCCAAAAUCUCUCUGCGGCCUAGAACUCAACAAUGGUGUUCUAGUCCGCUAUGUCACAUCCUCUACUGCUUAUCUAGGGAAAGAAGAAAAAGCUUUAGACUUUGACCUAACUUACUACAGAAGCAAAGAUGAUCCUUUGACACCACGUCUCUAUGAGGAUUACAUGGAAGAGAUCGAGCAAAUAGCCAUAUUGAAAUACAACGCCUUGCCUCAUUGGGGGAAGAACAGGAACGUAGCUUUUGAUGGUGCCAUUAGAAAAUACAAAAACGCAAACGCGUUUUUGAAAAUAAAGGAGAGAUUGGAUCCGUCGGGGUUGUUUUCUACAGAAUGGACUGAUCAGAUUUUUGGUUUAAAAGGAAACGUAACGAUUGUGAAGCCAGGUUGUGCAUUGGAAGGGCUGUGUAUUUGUUCGGAAGAUUCUCAUUGUGCUCCGAACAAAAAUUAUCUGUGCCGACCAGGUAAGGUUUAUAGAGAAGCUAGGGUUUGCACUCUUGUAAGCGCUUAAGAGUGAUUUACUACUUCUAAACUAUUAAUGAAAU